AUGUUUGAACUACCAUACACAGCUCUGCGUGUGCUCAGGGUGCAGCUUCGCAACUCCACGAGCAAUGUCUCCAAGACUCAAGGAGAACUGUCAACAGCCUUGGUUCGGGUGGAGUUCUAUGUGAACGAGAACACGUUAAAGGAGCGACUUCACCUCUACUUUAUCAAGAACCAGCGUUCCAGUCUCCGCAUUCGAGUAAUCCGGCUCGUAGUGAAGAUCGUGGCAUGUCUCCUCUACGUGGGCCGAGUAGCGUUGGACAGGGGACCCCGGUACGCCACCUGCUAUCAGUGUCCCCUGCGCGUCCAGAACACCUCGCGUUACACCGACGAAGCUGUGCGAAAUGGCGCCAUCAACUGGGAUGCCAUAUUUUGGGUGGAGCGUCCCUUCGUGCUUUGGUGCAUCCAGACUAUUCUGGCUAUCAUAAGUUUCUCCGAGGCCUGUCUGGUUGUAUAUCUCACCUACAAGGGAAAUAUUUGGAGACAACUGCUGUCUUUCCGCUUCCUUCUGGAGAUCGUUAACAAUGUACCAUUUAUAGUCACUAUAUUUUAUGCACCUUUACGGAAUGUAUUUAUACCAGUGUUUCUUAACUGUUGGCUUGCGAAGUUUGUACUCGAAAACAUGUUUAACGAUUUGCACCGAGCACUUCAGAAGUCCCAGUCCGCACUAUCACAGCGGCUGCUCAUCCUCACCGCCACUUUACUCUGCCUCAUAUUCACCAGCGUGUGCGGGUUCCAGCACUUUCAAAGGGCCGGCGUGGAGCACGUCGACCUCUUUGAAAGCUUCUACUUUGUGGUGGUGACGCUUUCCACGGUGGGCUACGGCGACUUCAAGCCAGACGUUUGGCCGUCGCAGCUUUUCAUGGUGGCCAUGAUAUGCGCGGCACUGAUUGUGCUGCCGACGCAGUUUGAGCAGCUUGCUUACACCUGGAUGGAGCGUCAGAAACUGGGCGGCACCUACAGCAUGCAUCGCGCCCAGAGCGAGCGCCACGUGGUGGUUUGCUCCACCACGCUGCGCGCCGACACCGUCAUGGACUUCCUCAACGAGUUCUACGCACACCCUCUCUUGCAGGACUAUUACGUCGUGCUUCUGUCACCGUGCGAAGUGGACGCGACGAUGAAGAUGAUUCUUCAAAUACCGAUGUGGGCGCAGAGGGUCAUCUACAUUCAGGGCUCUGCGCUCAAGGACACCGACCUCACUAGAGCCAGAAUGAAUGCAGCCGAGGCGUGCUUCAUGCUGGCAGCCCGAAAUUACGCCGACCUCGCAGCCGCCGACCAGCACACCAUCUUGCGGUCGUGGGCCGUACGCGACUUUGCACCAAAUGUUCCCCAGUACAUUCAGAUAUUCCGUCCAGAGAAUAAAGUGCACGUGGCCUUUGCGGAACAUGUGGUGUGUGAAGACGAGUUCAAGUACGCCCUGCUGGCCAACAACUGCCUCUGUCCCGGUGCCUCCACCUUAGUAACACUCCUGUUGCACACAUCACGCGGCCAGGAAGGCCAGACAUCGGCCGAAGAGUGGCACCGGCUGUACGGCAAGUGCUCCGGCAACGAGAUCUACCACAUCCGGCUGGCCGACAGCCGCUUCUUCGGCGAGUACGAGGGAAAGAGCUUCACAUUCGCAUCCUUCCACUCGCACAGAAAGUACGGCGUGGCGCUGGUGGGCGUGCAGACUGAUGUGCACGGCCAGUGGCCUGUACUGCUUAAUCCCGGACCAGCCUACAUCAUGAAAGGAUCGGACAUUUGCUUCUACAUGAACAUCACCAAGGAGGAGAACAGCGCCUUCCUUCCCGCCGCCGGUGACGACGCCAAGCCUCAGGAUGCCGUUGACAAGGCCGCCGCCGACGCCAAGGCCAGAACAGAAAGCGGCAAAUCGUGGUUCGACUUCCGGAGCCACAAGCAGCACCUGGAGGUUCCGAAGCCCGAAGAAGCCCGUGGUCGGCGACCCAGCAUCGCGCCCGUGCCCGACCUCGGCCAGAGCGACGAGGGCACGCAAAUUGACAGCGAGGAUGAUGCCCUGGGCAUCGAGGAGGAGAAGUACCUCGAGAACUCCUGGAACACACCCGCCGAGGAGUCCGAGAUUGUAAAAGGCUUCCCUCCAGUUACUCCUUAUAUAGGCGUCAGCCCCAAGCUUUGCUACUUACUUAGAGACAAGAAGCCGCUGUGCUGCAUGCAGCUUGCUCAGCAAUGCGACCACUGCGAAUUCCACAACGCGAAGCAGUACAACUGGCCCAAUCGAUGCGUAAUCCUGGCGGCCGACUUCGCCAGCAAAGGCAUCUACAACUUCAUUGUGCCUCUUCGGGCACACUUCCACAGCCCCAACAGCCUCAGACCAAUCGUGCUACUCCUGGAGAAGAAACCUCACGCGGCGUUCUUAGAUGCGAUUUCAUGUUUCCCAUUGGUGUACUGGAUGCAAGGUUCUAUAGAUGACCUGGAUGACCUGCUUAGGGCAGGCAUCAACUUAGCUGACAGCGUGGUAGUAGUGAACAAGGAGUCGUCCAAUUCAGCCGAGGAAGACUACCUGGCGGACUGCAACACCAUCGUCGCGGUGCAAACGAUGUUCAAAUUCUUCCCGAGCGUGCGCAUCAUCACCGAGCUGAGUCAGAGCAGCAACAUGCGCUUCAUGCAGUUUCGGGCGUUCGACACGUACGCGCUCCACCUUUCCAAGAUGGAGAAGGUGAGCCUGCUCAACCAGUAUGGUCAUGUACACCGAGAGAGGGAUCGUGGCUCACAUAUUUCUUACAUGUUUCGGCUUCCCUUCGCCGCCGGCAAUGUGUUCAGUGCGAGCAUGUUGGAUACCCUCCUGUAUCAGGCUUUUGUCAAGGACUAUGUGAUAACGUUUGUGCGUCUGCUUUUGGGCGUUGACCAAGCACCGGGAUCAGGAUUUUUGUCUUCGAUGCGAAUUACAAAGGACGACUUGUGGAUCAGGACGUACGGGCGUCUGUACCAAAAACUUUGCUCAACCACGUGUGAGAUCCCCAUCGGCAUCUACAGAACACAGAGCACGACUAACCCAGAAGGAUCGACUGUCUCCCUGGACCUCCUAGAUGACAAGGCCACGUUCAACGAGAACAUCGAGCGCCAGGAGAUCGGUACUUUGGUGCGCACACGUAUGCAGGAUCUGGGCCUGCCCGUACAGGAUUAUGAUGAGGUUUCGGACAAGCGGCACAGUUUGUCGUACGUGAUAAUUAACCCAAACUGUGACCUACCACUCGAAGAAGGAGACAUCAUCUUUCUCAUUCGGCCGAGCCCCAUCUCGGGUAAGCGCAUCUUCCUCAAGCACGGCUCAGUGCGCAUCAAGACGCCGAGGCCCAGCCGCCGGGAGAACCCGUCGACUCGCGGCCGCUCCAAGCCCUCAUUCCGGCUCAACUUCAGCGCAUCCAAGUCGGACUCGCUGCCAGUCCAGGAGAACGGUGGCCUCAGUCCACCAAAGCCACCGCAGGAUACCGCUGUCGAGCAGUCGGAGUGCAGUGUCCACGUAACGGCCGCGACUCCUUCGUCCACGGGUCAAGGGACGAUCGUAUGACGCCAGCUGAGGUUCCCUCUGGCAUGGAGGGCACGCCACAGGGUCAACUGAAGAGCUUCACCCUACGUCGCAAGACGAAGACUAUAGGCAUACACUUGCUGCGCGCGCCUCAGCUGAAGUUCAAGCUAAAGGCGUGCGCACAGAACGCUGGGAAUCGCAUGUCGCACGAUUCCCUUCUACAGGUCGCGACGCGCUGUGCGCCAGCCUCCGAUCUAUAGCGUGCUUGCGUCGCGCGUUUACGUGCGCAUGGCCACAUAUCCAGUAAAACGUAAGCCCCUCAUUCCAUGAAACACGCGUGGGAAAGGUAACUCAUGCUCCCCAAAGGCAUCCGCUAUGAUUUUAGCAGCUUUUUGAGCUUCGCCAAGCGCGCGGCGGUUCCUUCGCUUGCGCUGUCCCUUCUGAGCCUGACAGCCAGCACAGUUUCAGCGUGGUAUCUGGAACCAAGCUUACCAGCCGAACUGAAAACCUCCUGCGGGACACUUUCGUCUCGUGCGCGCAUGUUUUCAACAGUCUUCGUUUUGCUUUUGCCGCCGGAUAGAGGCGUGUUUUUCUGUUACGCUGAGCGUGGGCCUUGACCAGAGCGCCAUAUCCAAGCGCCAAAUCUGAGCGGCAAGAUUACGGUGUGAACUGCUGGCGACGUUAUUUCGAGACAGCUGAGUUUCAGUGAGAGCUUUCUUUUUUUUUUUCGGUGUAAGGUUUCACAGCCCUUCAAGGCUACUAUGAAAGGUAUACAUUCCCCGCACCACCACCUGACUAUCUUUUGUUUUAGCGCUGCGAUGUCUCAGCAAACUCGCAGUUUCUACUUCCGCAAGCAAAAUACCUAUACUGUGGCAUCCGUUUCGCAAACCAGCCACCCUGUGAGGCUAGGCGGGAUAGGUGAUUCAUUGAACAAAAGCGCACAUUAGGCUACAUAAAAGCGUGCUGUAAACAUGCACUUGGUGCACUUUCUCUGCUGGUCACGUUUUGCGCCAUUGAUUAGUCGCCAUGUCAGCAAAGGUGACUAGUACGCUGCACGGAAUAACGGAAUACCUAAGUCAAAGAUACACUACUUGCUUCAAAGGUCUGCAGAGAGGUCGCCUACUGCAUGUUAUGUUUUCUUUUGCGUGACGUUAAGUCACUGUGACCACCAUCUUAGCUAACUAGCUAGGGCUUACGUUGAACCUCUUGACUUCAGUCGAAAUGAGCGUCGCAUUGAAAAUGCUCGUGAUCUGCAGCCAAAAUAUGAGUAUGGCUUCUCUGACGGUCUCCAUAAGUUGCUUAAACGGACCCUGUACUAUUUACAUUACUAUGGACAUUAAAAAACGUACAUUAUUCUUGAGCAUUAUUGCCAUGCCUUGCCCUUGCGUCAAACAGUUCAUGUAUCAUGAUCAUGACUAUACAUACAGUAUGUGUGUAGCAGCAAUGAAACAUCCUAUGUUAUCUUGUGUUCAUCAGUACAUGUUUCGUUGGAUCGGUUUGAACAUGAGCACGGCUACAACUUUUCCUGUAUAUCUCGGAAUGGUGCGGUGUUUCAUGGUGACAAGCCAGCUUUAGUGAUAUUUUGUGAUGGAAUGCGUGUGUGAUAGUAUAUCUUUUUUGUGUAUUUUAACCAACAAUACUCAGUAUUUCGAGCAUGCAGGCACAGAUACUGCAAGAGGGGAGAGGUGGUAAUUACAUAAAUGAGAUAAGGAAGGGGUGGAUAGGUGUAAGGAAAAGCUGAAUUUGUGUAUCACCAUUCAUUAGUUCACACUGUGCCAUGUGGUGGCGCUGGCAACGAGUAAACCAUAUAGCUGCCACGUUAAGCGCCGCGCGACUGGCAACAUGACCCACCCGGCAACCACGUUUAAACCUGCGGCGAAUAUGCCCGUCUACUUUGACACAUUAACCAUUUCUGAUACUGACCACUUCACUUGUGCUUACUAGUGACGUCGAGCUUUUUGCUUUAAUUCUCAAGCCUUGUACAUUGUCGCGUUUCUCUGGUAGCGAGCUGUUGUGAUCGAGAGAUUUACCUCCUCCGUGCAGCAUGUUGGAGCCUGCCUGUAUACCGAAUGCCCUCUGGGAGUUCGGUGGGUCAGUGGGAUGAGUAAGUUCAUUGUUGCUGAUUACACCUCCGUGCUCAUGUAGCAAAACCAGGGAUGUACGCGAUACAAACCACAUGUGUGAGAUCAUUUUCUUUCUGUGACUAUAUUUGCGAUGCACGAUUCAAUGGCGCCUUUGUGAUAUGUGACUCAUGAGGAAGAAAGCAGAACUAAAGCAUGGUGAUGUGAUUAGCCACUCUGUAAAUAUUCGCGCUGUUAGAGUAGCGAGUGUAUAUGAAACGUUACGUUACGCACAGCCUUUGCAUCUUUCGAUAAAGCAUCUCUCAGCCUGCCUUGUGUAUAAGUGAUACAGUUACUCGGUGCUUGCCGGAGCGAAACGUGUAGUAACAAGUCCGUAUUUGUUGUUGCAUCUUGUGCUCGCGUUGUGUUUCGGCUCCUUGUUUACAUACGUCGUUCGUAACAUGUCAUCGUAGCUUUAGUAAUACUGUGAAAAGAAAAAUGAAGAAAAAAAAUAAUAUUUGUUUGAAAAUUCAUCUUUCAUGAACAGGACACAUGGAACGGCGUUUUUCACUGCUUCAUAAACUGUAACGUUCCUCCCCUUGUGAAUGUAUGGUCUUUACUUCACGUAAAUGAAAUCAUUGAGAAUGAAGGCACGAAGAAGUUUUGCUGCGUCUUACAACCGAAAUUAAUUCAUUUGUCAGAGGAAAGAUUUUACAGCGCUUGCACGGCUUCUUUGCAGUAACAUAGAAGUGUGCUAAUCUAUCCGAAAUCGGGAGUGAUUAUUUUGCAGCGCUGCAAAGAUCAUACACAUAUAUUGACCAACUUUAGUGAGCACCAAACGCCCACCAGUUUCCCAUCUCUGGCAUCUACAGCAGCAGAAUUAAUACUUACGAUGAGGUUUCCAAAUGGUUACAGUUCUUUUUUUUUUUUUUGCCUCGUCCGAGUAAUGCCUUCAUACAUGAUGCUGUUUUCACAAUGUGACUCUACGCCGAUCCCUUACUGUCAAGACGAGUAUGAAGCAACUUUGUCACGUUCGAGAAAAUACAGUCUGGGUGGUCUGCCCAUUAUUUCAUUCCCCGUAAUCACACUUCCAUAUUAAAGUACAAUACUCCAUGAGAGAACUUCUCAUAGUUCAACGUCAUACAGUAGACGGCGCCAAAGGGCUUGUACCUGGCCCUGCGAAUAUCAUUUCUAUUCAAGCUCAGAUAACUUGCCGAAGGUGUCCUUCGUAUUCAACAAAGCGAACCGCACUAUUUUUAGCGUAGGCAAUAUCUGCCACUGUAGUGUGAAACAGUUUUAAAAAUUUUACAUGCAUUCGUUGCUUUGGUUAGGAAAAGCAGCACCUUUUAGUCACCGGGGUACGUGCCGGCAAAGCUUUCCUUCAGAGUCUAGUCCCUUUUUUUCCUUCCUUUUCACUCGAAAAAGAACUGUCACACGUGCGGCACGAACUGUCACACGGUCGUGUUGACAGUUAUUCAUUUCACUACCCCAGAGCGAAAGUGGAGCAGUUUUAGCAUCCGAACAAAGCACCUAUGGUUGUCCAAUGUGCGCCGAUUUUUUUACACAACUGUACACGCGUGACAAUUUUCAGGAACUCUCUUAUUUUAUCACAUCGGAACGCGAAGACGGCCCUGCCUGCACUUAGCGCGUACUUGAUAUCCCACCUUUUUCACCCUUCGACUCUUUCCUUACUGUGUCAAGAACCCGCGUCGCCAUUUUGCCCUUCACCUACGCUGCGUCAAGCGACUCCGCACGAAACAGUUUUCCUCCUUCCCGUGUUCUUUACGUGUGUCCCAUUCUAAGACGUUCUUCAAGACUACGGUACGGUACGCAUCUGUAGACGAUAGUCAGAAAAAAGCUGAAUGUGUUUACUUUACCCGCGUGUUCAUUCCAGCCACACACAAAAAAAAAAAUCUUCAUUCCUUCCCUCUGGCUUCUCUGUGACCCAUCGCUUUUUUCUUACAAACAUAGUUUCUUUCAUUUAUGUAAGAAGACGUAUGGAAGAAUACGUGCAUUUGUUACGAGUUAUAUCUCUAAGAUCUCACGUAUAUAUUAUGGACACACCCGUAUACUGCCACAGAUUUUUUUGCCAUUUAUCCUUUGUGUUGUUCAAAUCCUACUCUGUCAUAACAUCCGUAGAACACUGCGUUGUGAUGAGUAACUAAUUCCUCAAGCGACAUUAGUUACAUGUGAGAAGGUGACGCGUGUUGGAAAUGGAGUGCAUGGCAAAUACAUUACUAAACGCUCAGGUUUUAAAUGUUUACAUAUGGCUCGUCAUAGCUAGACUAGACGUAACAGCGGUAGCGAAUUACGUUGCGAAAACGAUCUCUCGCUCUCUCUUUGACGUGCGUGCGCUGUCUUAGUGAUCGGUGCCUCAUUGGCUUUGUUUGCCGGCGUCCUUUCGCGCAUGACACGUUCGCAAAAGGUUAGAACAUUGUAAUCUUGGCUUCGACGCUUCACUUUACACCACCCGUGACGCCGAAUUCACAAUCUCGGUAUUUUAGUAUUCUGGACACUCUAUUCAAAACCCCCAACGCACACUUUUCAAGUACGGGCCGAAAGACAUAUUUCUUUGAAUUUUUUGUGCAUUCUGUUUGACGGCCGGGCUAAGAAUAUUGGGAAGAGCUAUAUUUCGCGAAGCGUUUUUCUUUUUAUACUUGCAUACUGAAUGGAGUUGGUACUUCACAAUGAAAUGUAAUUUCACCUUAGUUUCUCCGACCCUUCGUAUAGACUGACGUGAACACAAACCGAAUGUUGUAAGGCAUCGGCAUAAUAAUGUGUCAUUUGGAUGGAGUCUUUAAUGUGGCACUGCGGGCAGACAAGGUACGUGGACGAGUAUGGUGCUCAUGUAGUUUCUAGUGAAUUUUAACCUGGUCGGACGUUGCUAAGUACCGUCUAGCAUAAAUCAACUUAGUAUGCCAGACACGAGCAAGUACAGAGCUAGUAGGUUUAAGGUGGUGUUUGAUAUUAGUGAAACGCAUUUCGUACACCCGUCAAACCAUUUUUAUGCCCUAUCACAUCUUGACAAGUUUUCAUUCAUCCCGUUCCGCUGAUGUAGUUAAAAGAUUAUUUUCCACAUCCCGAUGUUCUAGCUCGGAUUUGUAACUGCAGUUCGCAUGGUCAAUAACGAAACGCACACCCUAAAUUAUAAUCUAGUAGACUGCAGAGCCACAAAACAUUCAAUGUUUAAGAGUAGGCGAGGACUGAUGCCAGUCACGUGAGGUUUUUUUGUUUUGUUUUGUUUUUUUACAAAGCGCAGCUAUAUGGGAGGUAAUUUCAAUGGGUGACCCCGUGAUUGUGACGCAGAAGAUUUGAAACCACACGAUAUAGACGUCCAGUGAUAGUGGUCCCCGAUAGAGUAUCUCGACUCUCCAACACACUAUCAAAACACUGCGGAAAUUUGUUCCGAAAAAAAAAACCGUGUCACAAGGACACUCCUGGUCAUUCGCGGAAGUUUGUACUUAAGAAAAAAAUGCGUAUUUAUUAUGCUCUGUUUCCGCUAUACCACAAAGGAACCACUCUUCCCGGUAUACUCGCUGCCGUGUUUCUGUUAGAUUAAGCAGCAGGGUGCUCUAAUCAACAAUUGUGUGUAGUGGAAUAUCGGGACUCGUCCUCUCGCUCAUUGAUUGGUUACAUCAAUGAUCUACGUUCGUGGAUGUAGAAGAUUGUGAUAUUUCAGGGGGAUCUCGGUUCAUAUUCAUCGCCGUCAAUGUUUCCGCCUGGUCCACUUACCCCGUGUUUUGUUUGUGUCAAAAUAGCCGAUAUUAGGACAAGUUGGUAAUUUUCACCUCAGGGGCGGCAACAUGCACAAGCGGGCGCAAGCGAAAUAGUACGGGACGGCGACUCAAUCCUUUCGUUUUCACGCCACGUUGUCUUUGUUUCAGCAUCCCCUCAACUCUGAUCUCACACGUUGUCGAGUGUACAUGAACUUAUUAUAGCUACCUUCAUGCGCAACAAUGCUGCGUAUUUCAUUUAACAUUCCUUGUGGCUGAAAAGUGUGUAUGCACUGCGACCAGGAAAGUGUCUGCGCCAUUUUAGUAUCGCAGUUUCUGAUUAACACUCUGCAAGUUGUUCUGCUAUACCUGCACCAUGGUAACAGGCAUAUGCUUGUCAGCUUGCGGGUAUACUUGCGGUGGUGGUGGACAGACGAAGAGGUAUUAAGCAAAAACAGUGAGCUGAAAGGAACACCUUCAUGGAAGCUGCCAUUCGUGGUGCUCGCAGCAUUUUGUAUCCCUUUGCAGGGCGUCGCACUUUUGCGCAUGAAUGAAACUGGUUUGUUCGUUAACCGUAUAUGGAAGAUUAGUAUAUAAUCAUAGUAUCAUACAAUGAUUUCGACCCUGAGUGUGGUCAAACCGUCAACGGACCAGACGUUUCGGAUCGUGAAUGUUCUGAGACAAAAGAGUUACAAAUGUGAUUCGCCUCCUGUUGAACGCUCGUUGCCCUGAGCUUGGUGUGUGCGUUCGAGUGCAGUACACGUGGCAUGCGCAUAUUCCUCUACUCGACAAGUCUGCUUAUCGACGGCAGGCCCGGCGUUUUGUGCGCUGCAUUUUUUCACACCAACCAUGUGUCGACCUUUGCCUUGUGCUACCUAAAUGACUAUUUUUGGCCACCCUCCGAUAGAGUGAGACUAAAAGAUUAUCAUAUCAUGUACUGACUAUGUAUCAUGUUUCCAUGUGUAAAAUAAAAACAUUUUGAUACACCUAC